AGUGAUGGCAGUGUGGUGUGUGCUGAAGCCCUGUGGGACCAUGUCACCAUGGAUGACCAGGAGCUGGGCUUCAAAGCUGGGGAUGUCAUCGAAGUAAUGGAUGCCACCAACAGAGAAUGGUGGUGGGGCCGAAUGGCCGAUGGCGAGGGGUGGUUCCCUGCCAGCUUUGUACGGCUGCGGGUGAACCAGGAUGAGCCCGCGGACGACUAUGAGGCCCCGCGGGCCGGGGCUGGAGAGGCCGAAGACAGCGGUCCAGAGGCCCAGAGCUGCAAGGACCAGAUGCGCACAAAUGUCAUCAAUGAGAUCCUCAGCACUGAGCGGGACUACAUCAAGCACCUUCGUGACAUCUGCGAGGGCUACGUCCGCCAGUGCCGCAAAAGGGAGGAUAUGUUCAGUGAAGAGCAGCUGCGCACCAUCUUUGGGAACAUCGAGGACAUCUACCGCUGCCAAAAGGCGUUUGUGAAGGCUUUGGAGCAGAAAUUUAACACAGAGCGGCCACACCUGAGCGAGCUGGGUGCCUGCUUUCUAGAACACCAAGCAGACUUCCAGAUCUACUCUGAGUACUGCAACAACCACCCUAAUGCCUGCCUGGAGCUCUCCCGGCUCACCAAGCUCAGCAAGUACGUGUACUUCUUCGAGGCCUGCCGGCUGCUGCAAAGAAUGAUCGACAUCUCUCUGGAUGGCUUUCUGCUGACCCCGGUGCAGAAGAUCUGCAAGUAUCCCCUGCAGUUGGCGGAGCUGCUCAAGUACACACACCCCCAGCACAGGGACUUUAAGAAUGUGGAAGCCGCCUUGCACGCCAUGAAGAAUGUGGCCCAGCUCAUCAACGAACGGAAACGAAGACUUGAAAACAUCGACAAGAUUGCUCAGUGGCAGAGCUGCAUAGAGGAUUGGGAGGGGGAAGACCUCCUGGUCAGAAGCUCGGAACUCAUCCACUCGGGGGAGCUGACCCGUGUGACACAGCCUCAAGCCAGGAGUCAGCAGAGAAUGUUCUUUCUCUUUGAUCGCCAGCUUAUCUACUGUAAAAAGGAUCUGCUCCGCCGGGACGUGCUGUACUACAAGGGCCGGCUGGACAUGGAUGACCUGGAGGUGGUAGAUGUGGAAGACGGAAAGGACCGAGACCUCCACGUGAGCGUCAAGAAUGCCUUCCGUCUGUACUGCGGUGCCACGGGGGACAGCCACUUACUGUGUGCCAAAAAACCAGAACAGAAGCAGCGCUGGCUGAAGGCCUUUGCCAGAGAGAGGGAGCAGGUGCGGCUGGACCAGGAGACAGGCUUCGCCAUCACCGAGCUGCAGAGGAAGCAGGCCAUGCUGAACGCCAGCAAGCAGCAGGCCACAGGGAAGCCUAAAGCUGUCGGCAGGCCGGGAUACCUGGCCCGCCACAAGCAUCCAUCAUUGCCUGCCAGGCGGCCCCAGCAGCAGGUGUUGGUGCUAGCAGAGCCCAGGCGGAAGCCAUCUAACUUCUGGCACAGCAUCAGCCGACUGGCGCCCUUCCGCAAGUGAGCCAGCGCCCAUCAGACAGCCUGAGGGCCCUCUGUGAACCUGUCCUUUCCUCUCUGAGGCCUACACCAUCAGGCCCUCUGCCUGUUUUACAAACUGGAAGUGAGCAGGCACAGUGGCACACUGUAUGAAGUUUGGGCCCUGCCUCUGGCCCCUUCCCCAUGGCUAGUGUGGGUACCAGCCUCUGCCUAUACUCUGGACCUGCACAGAGCCUCCAUCAAUGGUAAGCCUGCACGCCACAGCUCAAAACCUCUGGCCAGGCUGUGCACAUAGGUUCAUCUGCUCUGGACAUUCUCUGGAAAGCUAUCAUCUCCACUCUCCUGUUUCCUCUGGGUAGGAAAUCAAACUCUGUGGCCAUGAGCCACCUGCCAAAGCAGGCGUGUGCCCCUCUGCUCUCUGUCUGGUCAGGCCCCAGUGCACUUACAAUUGAGAGGCCAGGAACCAGGAAUUCUACACUAACUCUACCCAUAGCUGUCCUUAUGCCUUCUGGUCCCUCUAGACACUGCUGGCUGCCAGACACCCUCUUUACUUGUGACAUGUGUAACAAGAACAAAACCAUACAGUCAACUGUGUCCCUGGUUCCAGGUUAGUGACAGUUCCCUGUAGCUGGGGUGGCUGCGGGCGCACACACACUCCCCUGUUCACUAUGAUUUUGGUUGUGUUGUUUCUCUAACACUGGAGAAUUGUUAACAACACAGAAAGAUUGCCUUACCCUAGUAAGUGUGAGAAGCCAUAAGGACUGAACUCUGGCCCCGCGUGGACGGCCGCCUUGUGGGGCACAUGGCUGGGCCUGCACGUGGUGCAGUGCCUACAGGACUCGGAAGCAUGGAGUCACUCUUGCGCUGCAUCUUCUCUGAUCCAAAAGCCACAUUUAAUUUGAUAAAGAAACGAAUGGAAAGUGACGUGGCUGCUGGCCAGCUGUGCUGUGUGUCAGUUUCUUGUGUGCUGUCGUCCUCCUGGGGCUGCUGCCCUGCCUCUCCUCUUCUGUUCUCAGCCAAGGGGAGGCACUGCUCACUGGGCCACAGCCCCAGAGCUCUGGUAGACUUGGCCUAAGGUGGCUGGGGUCAUUGUUGCACAGGGCCCAAAGAGGGUGCGAGGAAGCAGGCCAGGGAGCCGUGGGGGGAGCGGGGGACGGGGCACACCCCCCUUCCACCUCCCACAGGCUAACUCAUGUUAGUACAUGUGGGCUGAGAGGUGGGGGUCAGCAUCUUCCUUGUUAAACUGAGGGAGCCAGGAGGCUUCUGUAGAGCUGCAGAAGCCUAUGCGUCCUAUAGUCCUUAGGAGGAGCCUCCACCAAGGCAGAUCAGGGGCUCAACACAGCCUUGUCCCAGUCCCCUGGAGCUUCUUAGAACACUGGGGGAAGUGGUGGCAAGUGCCAGUCAGACCGUCACCUCUGACAAAACUCCCAUGAAAAGAUCAGAAUAUGCAACACAAGUCAAUCUUUAUUGAAAACUGCAGUAUUAAUUACAUAACAAUUCUGGUUACAAUAAACGUGCUUUUAAAUCUGA